UCCGCGGCUUAGGAGCGUGUAGGCCGCGGCAUCGUGUUGUCACUACGCAGUCGUCCGUCGCGUGCUGCCUGCUGCUGACCAGUCACCUCGCCAGUCGCCUGAGCUGUGAGAGCUCACGAGUUCCAACGGCGCUGCACGCGGCCUAAGAAGCUGGAUCCACUCAUCGAUUUGUAGCAGAUAGAAGCAGGCCGCCACUCCCAUACCUUGGGAAUAACCUCUCCCGUUCCAACCUCCCACCAGCUCUGCGAGCGGUGCCUCUCGUUUGUAUAUCCCAACCGGCUCUCGCGCCACAUGCAUGCUUUAUCAGGACCUUCUAAAAAAACUGACUGAGGCGUCUGUCUCACUUAUUGCACUGGGCGAUCUCACUCUGAAUGCCGCUACUGUCCACCGCCACAACAAGCCUAACCAACACUCCGCUAGCAGACUGCACUCUCCAUCAUCCCUCCUCCCCUGUCUCGCGUAGAAACCCCCCACCGAUAAAUCCGUGCGUCGCAGUGAGAGUGAAUAAUAUGUGGAGGUCGCAGAUCUCUGGAACGCCAGUGAGUGUCAGCACCAACCAUCCUUCUCACGACCCUUUGCGGGACUCCUCUCACGCCGCGGGGAAUAAGCGAGCGCGCGAGAGCGCGACGCUGUGGGAGGAGCUGGUGGCCCUCCCGCGCUCCUGCGCUCGUGACGAGCCGGCAAGCGGCGGGUUAGGGAGGCGGUCCACGUGGAACGGCUACUUCAACGAUCUAUGCCUGCGACAUCGUGCCUACUCGUGGGAAGCCGCGGACUUCGCGGGCUUGAGGGAACCGCGCGCCGCCUCUGCGGAUAACGAGAGCUUCUCACCCUUGAAGAACGUUCCGCACGAGAAGUCGCAUCGAGCCGUACCGCAGCAAUCUGCCGGAUUCGACGGCUUAGUUUCUGCGUUGGAUCUUCACGAUUCGCCGGAGCUGCCUUUCCGACUCGGAGACGCUCUCGACCUGCCCUACGUGUGCUCCGUGUGUCAGAUUCGGUUCGCGACGGUGCACGCCCUGGGUGGUCACAAAUCGGCGCACAGCGGCAAGAGGAGGACGCAAAGGAGCAGCCCGCACAAGAGCACGCGGAGCCAUCCUACUGCGCACAGGGCUGCACGAGCGAAACCAUGCGACCGACUCGAAGGGGAGGCUGAUCUGUUAGUGAAUGCUUCUGCACGGCUCGCGAACUGCACGAAACAGGCUUCUUCGAGCGAGCACGACUCAACCAGCCAAUGGCACGACUUCAUGUCACGAAAAGGCAACGCUCCGUCAGCGGAUAGCGGGCUUACGAAGGAAAGCAACGGGUGUGUCGAACCUGAGGAUAAACGCGCUGCGCUGCUGGCGGAAAUCCGAGGGCUGCUUCUUUUGAAGCGUCAGCGGUCGAGCAGCCAUGGAGAGGAAUCCCAACUAGGCGGAGAGGAGAGGGAAGCUGUGGUUGUCAGAGAAGGCGAGACCAAUUCUGAACCUUGGAGUGCAGCGGUUGCUGAGAUAACUGCGGUUGACCUUACCUUACACUUAUGAACACCGAAGUUUCCUUCAUGUAUAGAUUAGUAUAAUACAAAUAUGUUGCAAUAGUUUGUAAUAAUUCAUUCUUAGUAGG